AUGACAGACAAUGCCUCUCAUAGACUUGGCCUCCAUGUCAAUGGGAAGUACAGGCUUGGUAAGAAGAUAGGCUCAGACACAUUUGGUGACAUCUACCUCAGAAUUGACAUCACCUCCAGUGAAGAAGUCACCAUUAAGCUUGAGCCCAUCAAAGCAAAGCACCCUCAGUUGGAAUAUGAGUCCAAAGUUUACAAGACUCUGGCUGGCAGUGUCAGCAUUCCAUUUGUCAGGUGGUUCAGCACAGAGUGUGACUACAAUGUGAUGGUCUUGGACUUGCUCAGUCUGUCCCUCAAGGACCUCUUCAACUUUUGCAGCUGCAAGUUUAGCCUAAGACCAUGCUGCAACCAAGUCAACAUUAUUGACUUCAGUCUUGCAAAGAAGUACCAUGACCCCAAGACUCAUCUGCACAUCCCAUAUAGGGAGAAUGAGAACCUCACAGGGACCACUUGUUAUACCUUGAUCAACACUCACUUAGUCGUUGAACAGGCCCACUGUGAUGACUUGGAGUCCCUUGCUUACAUGCUCAUGUAUUUCCUCCGUGGUGCACUUCCCUGGCAGGGCCUCAAGGCUGCCACUGAGAAGCAGAAGUACAAUUGGAUCAUGGAGAAGGAGAUGACUACCCCCAUGGACCUGCUGUGCCAUGACUUCCCUAACGAAUUUGGCAUAUUCCUCAAUUACACUCAAGCACUGUGGUUUGAUGACAAGCCUGACUACUCCUACCUUUGCAAGCUCUUCCAUGACCUCUUCAUUUGUGAGGGCUUCCAGUGUGACUAUGUCUUCAACUGGAGCAUUCAGCACCAUGCUCCUGAGAACAGUAGUACUGGCAUGAGUCAGAAGGCGAGUGCUGGCAGAAGAAAAGUGGUCUAA